UUGGCUGGAAACCAGAGAGCUCUGAAUUGAGUUUGCAAGGCUUUGUUUGCGAAGCUGCAAGUGAUGGUGUUUGGAGGGCACUUGACCAUGAAUAUAUAGAUGAAGGAAAGAACAAGUCACCCAGUCAUGUUAGAAUUGGAUGAUUGGCAAGGCUGCAACCUGCAAGGGACAAGGCCAUGAGUACGGUACGUGCCUAUGUUUUGGAUCAGAUUCUGAUGGGGCCAAGCGUUUGGUGCAUGCCGUAGCAAGCUGUAGUGCUCUUUCGGUGGUUGGAUCAGACACUACACGUUGCAGCCGUGCUCAGUAUAGCAGGGAGGAGGCACAAGGUCCCCAUGUUAAUUGGGGCCAACGUGAAGUUUGAGGGCCAGGCUAAUUCAGGUAGCUGUAGUGCCAUCAGAUAUUGGCAGAGCAGAUGCUUUUCAUGGUAGGACUCCUUUUUGUUUGGUGUCCAUUGUUGAGACUUCAAGAGUUUGGAAACUUAGGUUCGUCAGGUAGCUGUCAUCUGAAGAUGAUUUGGCUACGGGGAUCCCAUUUUGGUAAAAUGCAGUGGAAGUCCACUGACCGAGAUUGGAUAAAUUUGGAGUACCACUUGUUUGUUAGCCUCUCCUACGCGGCUAUGCCUGUGUACUCCAUUUCAACACGUGUUUUUCAUACAGAAGGGUCAGACCUGCAAAUUCCCAAAGAAUGGUGAUAGGAAAUUUGCAGACCACAAAUUGAAGAAGUGAUAUGAAGCUUUCGGGCAAUUUAUCUGGACCGUUGAACACUUCUAAUCUGGUUGCUCAGAUGCAAUGUGCUAUGGGAAUGGACAAUCGUCAGACUACAUGUUUCAAUCUGAGGAUCCUAUUUAGAUCCUGAAAAAUGACAAUACUAGUGGCCGAAAAAUGCUUGAUAUCUCAUUGAAUCACAAAGAAAUGAUCCUAACAAGUUUACAUGUGGUCUUCAUGAGGCAUGCUUCCUGGACAGAACUGGUCAGUAUGGCAGCAUAUUGUGAUAUCCACACAAUGCAACUAGUGUCUCCAACAAGUGGGCAACACAGGUGGUCCGGGAGAAAUCAAAUCAAAAUCACGUCGCUUUCUCUUGCAACACUGCAUGUUCAGAGCUCGUGGGCAUGUCUCCUGCUAGCUUGUUCAGAUAGCUGCUCUUGAACCGCAUGCUUCUCUUUCCCCUCACCUAUAAAUCCAUCAGCUUAGCACCAACACUUCAUCAGCCCAUCAGCAAGCUAGGCACUACAGCUAGAAGCUGAGCACCCACCUUCUCUAAACAUUUUUCUCAAAAAAAAGCAGGAGAAGCAACCAUGGUCAGUGCCAAGAGACUUGUUCAAAUGGCGAAGAAAUGGCAGAGAAUGGCAGCCCUCGCGAGGAAGCGGAUCACGUCGCCGGCGAAAGAAACCCAAGGGUCGUCGUGCAGCACGUCGUCGGUGGCCGGCAAGGGCCACUGCGUGGUGUACUCUGCCGACGGCCGGCGGUUCGAGGUCCCGCUGGUGUACCUCAGCACAGCGAUCUUCGGCGAGCUCCUGAGCCUGUCGCAGGAGGAGUUCGGAUUCGCCGGUGAUGACGGCAGGAUCAGGCUUCCCUGCGACGCUGCCGUGAUGGAGUACGUGAUGUGUUUGCUCGGAAGGGACGCAUCAGAAGAGGUGCUGAGGGCGUUCCUGAGCUCCAUGGUGAGGCCUUGCCACUGUGGAAAUGGCUUGGCGCAAUCCAUGAGUGUUAGCCAGCAAGUUGCUGUUUCUAGCUUCUGAAGAUUAGAUUGUCUUCUUGCAAGAUAUAUGUAAAUAGUGACAUGCUAGAGAUUGGAAACGGUAGUAGAUAUAACCGUUCAAGAAGAAUGGAACAAAGAUAAUGAGAUAUACACCGCAAGUCUCUGAUCUAGCAAA